GAAGAAAGUGUAGUGUAAAUGUGAACGUCGUCACUAUUGAUUUGUCAAUUUCUUUCGCUUUUUCUGCGUCUUCCUUUCAAUGUCGAUCCAUGUAAGAAAGCGCCUAGAAACUCCAUUCCAUUGCCCAGUUGGACCAAACCAAAAGAGGAAAAGGAGAAAGAAAGAAGCAGGGAAGACGAUUAAGUGUCCUUCAACUCAAUUACCUUACGAUGGGCAGCCAUAAAAGAGAAAACCCAGUUGCCACAAUUGCCCUUCUGCAACAUCCCAAAAUAUCCCAUCUCCAUCUCUCCAAGACCCACAAGAAUAAUGGGUUUUCUCCCUCGUUCACGUGGGCUUUGCUUGGUUCUGAGCUUUCACAGAGAAAUAGAGGAAAGCUCUUUCCCCUCUCCCUCUCUGUUUGUUCUGCGUUAUUUCCCUUUCUUUAUUAUUAUUAUUUCUUCCUUCUUUAUUACUCUAGAGUCUAGCCUAGCCGUCUCUGUACUGUCUCUUCAUCAUCCUCUUUGUCUUCUCCCGGUGGGUGAUUUAUUUAGUAUCUGAGAUUGACCAUGUCUAAGAAGAUGAAAGGGGUUUCAUACUAUCCUUCUCCAUCUCCAUAUCGAGUAUUUGAAGACCCAAAUCCAAGACUCAAUCAUCAAGUUCUUAUACAAGACUAUCAAGAGCUCCAAAAGGAAACAAAAUCCAUCAAGAACAGAUUGGAUAAUACGAAAGAGCGAAAAUUGGUUUUGUUGGCUGAAGUAAGGUUCCUGCAGAGACGAUACAAACAGCUUCUAAGAACGAAGCAUGAUAAUAAUCUCGGGGUUCAACAGCAGCAGCAGAAAAAAACCCAAAACGAGAGGAUUCAUAUCAGAAACGAAGCUUCACUACAUAGGAGAGCUAUCCAAAAUGUUGUAGCAUUUAAGAAGGAGAUGAAGAUCUUGGAUGGGAAAGGUUCUCCUCAACAACAACUUCCUCCUCCCUUGACUCCUCCUAAGAAGAACAAACAGAGGAGAAUUGGUGGGAAGAAAGCUAUGAAUAGUUCAUUAGGCUUAAAAAAACCCAUUCUUGAUUUGAAUCAGAAGGGUGAAGCUCCUGUUUUUGACCUGAACCAGAUAGCGAGAGAAGAUAAUGAUGAGGCUGAUUAUUUCUGCCCUGUGACAAUUGAUGAAUCAAGGAAAAAUCCCUUGAGCAGAAUGGAAGAUCAACUGAAGUUUCAGCAGUCAUGUAGGAAUAUGGGGAAUGGAAAUCGAGCUGGGAAGAUGAAAGCUGAUUCAUGGCAAGAUCCAGUUGUUUUGAAGGUCUGAUUCAUGGCUUCUUAGGUCUGAUCAGUCUCCAUUUGCUGCGAUUAUGAAAUGUAGAUUACAGAAGAACAAAUUAAGUCUUGUUUGGUUGUAUAUAUAAUUGGGGUUUGUUUAAAGCAAUUUGAUAUAUAAAUUAUUGGUUUUUGAGAA